AUGCCCAAGUCGGCUCAAGUUUCCACGGCCGGCAGGCUCAAGUAUGCCGACCCUAAAGACCUUCCCAGCUACCCGUCUGCAGGCCUCAGUGAGAAUGGUGCUGCCGCCAGCGCCGCCGCCACCCUAGGAUGGGCCAACCAAAAGUCCCCCGAGCCCUGGCGGCCGGACAAGACUUCCUCCGCAUCGGCUGCCGCCGCUCUCGCAAAAGAUUACAAGUCCUCGCCGGCGUGGGAGCCCACCAACAGCAGCGGCGCGAGCAAGGCCGCUCUCCUGGCUGUCGGCUCCGCUGGUGCCGCUCUCAAGCAACCGCCCAUUGCCCCAAACAAGUCUGCCCAUGACAAUUGGGGCAACUCGGCAGCUACUCAGGCUUUUAAUGCUACUCGCCCGGCUCCUGCCCCGGCUGUGAGUGUUGCCGGUGGCGGCACCGCUGCCACGCAAGCUUUCCAAAGCAACCGAGCCUCCACGGCCGAACCUACCGUGCACUCCUCUCCCAAAAAGCCAACCGAGCAGCGCUCACUUGCUGCUGCUAAAGGCGCUAUGGCUUCGGCUAAGACCGGCUCUGCACAUCCUAGCUCCACGCAUAAACAUCAUUCUAGUCUGGAGGCCAGCGCCGCAUCCAGUGCUCUCAAUGGUGCUACUUUGGCCCAUCGCAACUCUCUCAUGGCUCAAAAGCCUACAAUCAAGGAAGUCGGGGCCGUUCCUAUUACCAACAUGACCCGAAACAUGUUUACAUCUCACCCGCCAGUCAAGGUUGAGACUGACGAGGAGCGAAUUCACCAGACUGCUGUCGAGAUGGCCAGGAAGAUGUACCAACACCAGCAGAAGAAGCUCGAACAGGCUAAAGAUGCACAAAACGACCAGGAGAGCACUCCGUUCGCUGGCACCUACCUCAACCUUCAGGACGCAGCGUACAAGCAGGCCCAGGAGCGCCUGGCCAAACUUCACGAUGAGCACCAGCAGAACCGUGACGCGCAAGAAUACUAUGGCAACUCGUCUUCGCCGCGCCGUAAAUUCUCCAUGACCAACAAGCUGCGCCGCCGCGCCGACAGCGAUCCCGAUCCCGAGGACAAGGUUCGCUCCGAAAAGAUUCGCGAGCAAAUGUCCAUGUUCUCAAGCAAGUUGUCUCAGGUCGACACCGAGAAGCGAGCCAAGGACCGUGAGGCGCUUCUCGCUGCCGCCCAGCGCAACGUCAAGGCUCGUCUCCAAGGCAUGGACGAAAAGGUCUACAAUGAAACUGGCAAGCGCAACGCGUCUAUGUUAUCCGACUGGGAAAUGAAGGCCCAACAAGCUGCGCAAGCUCGAUCCGAUACGCGUGCUGAGAACAAGGGCAAGAUUGAUAUUGGUGGCGGUAAAUUCAUGACUCAGGAAGAAAUCAAUGCUAUUGCUGUCAAGAGGUUGCAGCCCGUGCUGGAUGACAUCAACGAAAAGGCGGAGAAUGAACAUGCACGUGUGGCCACUUUGAAGGCAGAGGAGGACGCUAGACGCGAGGAGCUGGAAAGGAUCAAAGCCGAAGAGCGUGCCGAGAAGGAAGUGGCUAGAAAAAAGAAGGAGCAAGAAAGAGCCGAGGAAAAGGCCAAGCGUGACGAGGAGAAGCAAGAAGCCAAGGCUAAGAAAGACGAGGAGAAGUUGGAGGCAAAAUCCAAAAAGGACGAAGAAAAGGCCAAGAAAGCGCAGGAGAAGGCUGAAAAGGCAGAGCAGCAACGUUUGGCCAAGGAAGAGAGGCGCAGAUCGAAGCUUGGUGGCGCAGCCGUUGCCACGGCAGGAGACGAUUCCGCAGCUCACCAUUCGCGCCCUUCUCACGACGCGCGUCCUGCCACCGCGGCUGAAGAAGACGACGACAGCGACGACCUUUUGGAUACUGAUGAUGAGCAUGAGGAGCACAGAGCCGCUACCGCAGCCACGCCCAACAGCCACACCGUGGAGAACACCGAAAGCACACCCCGCAAGUCGGUGGAGGGCUCCGCCUCGUCGCAAAAGUCCAAGUCGGGCGUCAAGAGCUGGCUUAAGAAGCGCUUCUCUAUCUCCCACAGCAAGGACGAGCCCGUCGCCGAAAAGGAACAGCGCGAGAAGCGCCGCAGCUUCUUUGGCGGAUCCGCGUCCAAGGCCGCCGACAAGCCAGAGGUUGCCAGCCACACCGCCAGCCUGGACAACCGCUCGUCCAGCAUCCGCGAUGUGGCGCUCGCAGGCAAGACCGACACCGAGGUAGCCACCACCCAGACGGCCGAGGACGUUGUCAAGGUUCCCGCGCUCGAGAUUAAGCCGCCAGAGGCGGAAAAGGCCACUUUGUCCGCCGCCGCCGCCGCCGCCGCCGCCGCCGUUAGUGGCCACUCCGUUGUCGCGGACAAGGAGCAGCCUGCAACCGCCGAGACGGCCGACAAGGGCUUGGAAAAGGCAGACUCGCGUGGCGUCAGCCCCGUGAGCACGCCAUUUGAGGACGCGGAGGAGCGAAGCCGCGCCCUGGAACUGCCCAAGCUCAUUGACGAGGAACGUCGACGGAGCAGCAGCAUAGCGCGCGACUCCCGGUUCAAGGAAGAGAUGUAA